AUGCGACAAAUUUUCACGGCGCUGACGUUGAAGCGAUCUAGGUCGUCAGACCUUCUACUCAGGCAGAAACCGUGGAACAGACUGGGCCACUUUUUAUCGGAAAGCAAGCAAUCCUUUCUCGCCCAUGUGCACUCAGAAACGCCGGCACUAGCCAGGGACUGGCGAUUCGUGAUUGGCAAUGAAAUUCCAGACCUUGAUAGCAUUGCCUGUUCGAUCGUAUAUUCAUGGGUAUACGCCUGGGACAACGGUAUCCCAGUCGGUUCCGUUAAUACGGUCGACGAAGGCAGGAGCUCUUUUUACGUACCAGAAAAUCUAUACGCUCUGCAACUUGCGGGCGUGUAUUCGCCAGAGGAUCAGCUGUUACUUCUGGACGACCUCGAGCGCUCAUUCUCGUUGAUCACAAUCAGCGUCGAUCCCGUGUUUGUUUCCGGAGAAAUUGUCACGGAGCCAUCUUGGGACGGCGAGCACCCAUAUGGAAAUACUGUUGUCGAGAGAAUCAUCGAUCACCACUCCGACGAGGGCCUGUAUGCACUCGAACUGCUGAGCGCACCAUUGCUACAGCAGGAAGUUGCGCCUCUCUCGUCACUUCUCAAUACCAACGGUCUAAAGGAUAAUGUCGAGCAAAUUGACAUUGAUGCGGUGGCUUUUUUGCUUCCCCGUUCAAUCUUGCAGACCACGUGUGAGCGACCCUCGCCUGAUACUCUCCAAAGUCUGCCUGAGAUACAGAACCUCACCGCUGAGCUCAUGCGAAGGCGACUUUCUUUAUCCCAUCUCACCCCUCUGGAUCUUCUUCGGCGAGACUACCAGGAAUGCAGACUCCAUGUCAGGUGGUACAAUCCACCCGUUAUCCGCGUCGGCAUUUCUUGCAUCCCAUUCCAAGCGAAGAAAAGCGGCCUCACAAGAGCCUGUCAAAAUCAUUCAGACGAACAUGGACUCGCUGUUCUUGCCAUUUUGAUCGACCAAACGCUAACGGUACUUACUUUUGAUCAGGGAGGGCAGAGUCUGCGGGAUCGCGUGUGGCAAGGAUUGGAGACAAAGUUCCAUUUCAAGCGACACAGAAAGCUCAGAAUCACAGCGCUUCCCUUUGGUAUGCAACGGAGGACAUACACUCUACCUGCCGCCGAGGCGACGCGGGAAUUCAUAGAGGGAAUGUUCAAGCACGUUUUGGAAGGACGUUAA